CUGAUGCACAAGCGAAUUUAACUGAGCAUGGCGUCGGGUCAUUUAUGCAAGCUACACAGUCUCCUAAGGCGACUUUCUAACGGCACAACAUUGCGAGGUGCUCAAACAUGUUUGGUGCCAUUGCGACAGAAGUCCAGUAUCAGUGGUCCUUCACUUGAUGGCCUAAACAGUAAUGUGGAUAUCGGUGUGACUUCAGAUGGGAAAACCAUAGUGUGCUACCAUCCCGCUGUCGACAUUCCCUAUGAGCUUACCCAGCCUAUAGAACGUCCAGACCCCAUGACCAACCAGGUUGAGUCCCACGACCAGGUUUUAAAGGCCCACCUCAGCAAGGAGAUACUCAAGGACAAAGAGGGGCCGACUAUAGAGGAGUUGAGCAAGAUGUUUUUCACCACCAAACACCGGUGGUAUCCAAGAGGACAGUAUCACAUGAGACGCAUAAAGAAGAAUCCCCCAAAGGACAGAUAGUCGAAGGCCAAAGUUCCAAAACUGCAAAUUAUGAUUGUUUGUGUCGUCACAAUGAUAAUAAACUGUUAAAUAUUAA